AUUUACCCUUCACGUUUUGUUUGGAAUAGAAAACCGAAAAGGGGAGUGGGUCUUGUCUUCUCCCGAAAGCAAGGCACAGCGUUUGAGCUCUCAAGGACAUCGUAUCGGAAUAGUAGAUCGAAAAUGGAAGCCUCACAGUCACCGGAAUCAACGAACACACAGCAAAAUCAAAACCCUAACAAUAAUUACCCAAACAAUAGCAAUUCGAUACUGUCAUCUACGCCGGUGUGGCCCACAAUCGACGGUCCCUUGGGCCUGUCGGAGGAAGAAUCGUUAUCCUACGCUCGGAGGUUCUACAAGUUCGGCUAUGCGCUUCUUCCUCUGCUUUGGGCCGUUAAUUGCUUCUAUUUCUGGCCCGUUCUCCGUCACUCUCGCUCCUUUCCUCGACUUCGCCCCUAUGUAGUGGCGUCAGCAAUUGGGUUUUCCGUGUUUUCAGUUCUCUUGUGUUCUUGGGUGCUGACAUUUGCCAUAGGAGGAGAACAACUUUUCGGUCCUACCUGGGAUCAACUGGUAAUGUAUAAUGUUGCGGACCGAUUAGGAUUAACAGGCUGGAGUUAGCCAUCUGUCCUUUCAAAAUUUUAUGGCUUCUUUUGAAUUAUCGAUCUCUAAACUCUAUCUUGAAAGAAGGAAAAUGAAUGGCGUGUGGAAUGAAUGGUUUAAAAGGCGUUUAUAAACGUGUCUUAUUCGAAAUCCAGAUGUGUAUUCUAAUGAUUGUUGAACCAGUACUGAUUUCUUAAUCAAAAUUGUAAGAUUUUAUGAGGCUUAAGAGCUUAAUAUGUUGAAGGAAUGCAGUCAAACAUGAGAGCCACCUUUUUUAGUAUUA